UUGAUAUCCAGUUACCAACAAAUUUUCAUCUAGUUGUUCUUAAACUUUUUUUUGUUUGCUUCUUCACUGCUUCGUAUUGCUCUUAUCUGUGCCCUGAUUUUUUCAUCAAUGACAAUUGAAACAGAAUCAAUGGAAGAAAAUGGAGUAGACAUCCAUGAAUCUGGAUCUAGACAUGCAAGCAAUCAAAGAUUAAUUUCAAAUUUUGAUUCAUUUGAUCCAUUGGUCUUACAAAAUUAGGAUAUUCCCAGAGUUAAUCUAGCUCAUUGUGUUCUCACUAGGAUGGAGAACUACACGCUCUAGAGUAAAUCAAUGUUAAUUGCACUGCUAGGAAAGAAUAAAAUUGAUUUUUUGGAUGAUACCUGCCGGAAUGACAUGUAUAAGGGGCAAAUGGCGCAUUAAUGGGAGUGUGUUGUCUUAGAUCAUGAGUUCAGUUUCGAAAGAUCUUGUUAAUGGAAUUGUCUAUUCUUCAAAUACUCACAAAGUCUGGGUAGAUCUCAAGGAGUGUUUUGAUAAAGUGAAUGCUACGAAGAUCUAUCACAUACACAAGGGAAUUGCGACACUAACUCAAGGUACUUCAACUAUCUUAGUUUAUUUUUCGCAAUUAAGUGAGCUUUGGGAAGAGUAUGAAUCCUUGGUACCACCUCUUUUAUGUUCCUGUGACAAAUCUCGUGAUUUCAUCACCAACAUAGAACAAUAGAAACUCAUGCAAUUUUUAGGUGGAUUAAAUGAAAAUUAUAACCAGUCAAGGAGUCAAAUUUUUAUGAUUCCGAUAAUACCUUCCGUGAAUGAAGCUUAUUCUAUGCUAAUACAUGAGCAAAGUCAGAGAGCACACUUAAAUAUGGUUGCACUAACUUCACACUCUCAGCCAGAAUAUGAAGAAGGAAAAUCUUCAUCUCUUGCAGCAGCUGCUAUAAUGCGACAUGGCUAUGACUUGAAACAGAAAUCAAUUUUACCUCCUCCAUAUGAGGAAGGAGAAUCUUCAGGAUCAGGUGCUGGUGGUGAUCAUUUCACAAGGAGUAAUAGUAAUAAUAUGCGGAUAAAGAAUAACUCCAAUCUUCAAUGUGAUUUUUAUCAUCUUAAGAGUCACAUUAGAAAGAAUUGUUACAAGUUAAUUAGUUAUCUAUCUGAUUUCAAGUUUAUCAGGAAUAAGGAGAGAGAACAAAAUGAUUUUAGAGGUGGAAAUUACCACAACUCAGGUUAUAGAAGUGCAAAUAGACAAAAGUCUGGUGGAUAUAGUGCACACAAUGUUAAUGUUCAUUGUCAUUAUGAUUUUGAGCAACAAAAAAAUGUCCAACAACCUAAUGUACAUUCAUCAAAGGAACAAGGUUUCACAAUAGAACAAUUCAAGAAGCUCCUCAACCUGAUUGAUAAACAGGGUUCUCUUGAGAGCAUAACAAACAUGGCAGGAUCUUUACACUAGCAAAGUGAAGGGGAUUGGUAAGGAAAAAGGAUGGACUUUACAUUCUCACCACCAAAUCACCAUCACCUGUCAUUUCCUCUAAAUUGCAAGAUGCUUCUAUCUGUCUCUCCACUCAAACUGGUUGUAUCAAGAACUCUGUAUGGUGUCAAAGGCUUAGUCAUGCACUAGUUCACAUCCUAAAUCAAAUACAUGCUAUUAAGCAUACUUUAGAUAAAUCUCAGAUUUGUAAUUGUCCUAUUUAUUCUAUUGCUAAACA